AUAUAUUAUUUGAAAUAGACAAAGAAAAUACACAAACGAUUUAAAAAAAAGGCAAAGAAAGGAAAUACGAGACAAGGAAAUCGCUUCUUUCUUUAUUUGAGGGUGGUGAUUUUUUUUUCUCUUUUAAGUUUCAAUUCUUUGUUUUGUGAAAUGUUAGAUCGUACGAAUUCAUUAUGAAGUGGACCACAGAACAUUGGUGUACAACUAAAAACAUGGAACACAAUGACAACUACACAAACUACAACAACAUUCACAGUAGUAACAGACUAAAUGGAGUUGAAAGUUGUAGAGACAAUAAACAAGAACAACAUAAAACACAAAACCACAGACAUCAUACAAGCAUCGAGUCAAAAGGCCCCGGUUCAAAUUGGAUAAAAUCGCGGAAUCAUAAUAAUAAUAAUAAUAAUAAUAAUAAUUAUAAUAAUACUAAUACUAAUAAUAAAAAUUAUAAUAAUAUUAAUAUAAAUAAUAAUAUAAAUAGAAAUAAUAAAUAUAACAAUUGUAACGUGGUAAGUCGAUGGACGACGACACGAUGCCAAGUUGUGUGGGGACUUGCGAUGAUGUUAUGUCUGCAGUACAGUACAGUUUUGGGUUAUAUAGUUCCAGUUAGAGACCUACAGUCGAAGACGGAGCUACAUACCAUAAGAAACUUACAGAAUGGAUCCGUUAAUGUGAAAAAUUUUACAGACCUUAAUAAAUACACACAUACCAACACUAACACUCGAACACCUGUACACAAAACGUCAGACGAUUUAUAUAUAGAUCCGUGCAAGGCUGCUGGCUUUAUGAAUGAUAUCGCUCUUACACAAACGGAUGUCCGUGAUCUCAUGACAUCUUGGCGGAACAAAGAAAGAGCGAAAAAACAAAAAAGUUUACAUGAAAAACAUUCAAAUAGAACAUCGUUAAAACACAAAUUGAGAAAGAAACAAAGUCACAGAAAAAGAAAAAGGUGUCGGAAAAAGGAUAAAAAAUGUUGGGAAAGAUUAAACGCACACACAUUAAAUAAUAAAAAUAUAAGUAGAAGUUCGAGUGAAACGAAGCAUCGAAGUUCUCGAGUUCGUAGAGCUGCAACUGCCAGAUUAGACCGUCUUUGGAGUCAUGGUGUGAUUCCAUACCAAAUACAGUCCAAUUUCAGUGGUACACACAAGGCUCUUUUUCGACUUGCGAUGCGCCAUUGGGAAAAUCAUACUUGUAUAACUUUUGUAGAUCGUGAACCUCAUCACACUGAUUAUAUUGUUUUUACAGAAAGACCAUGCGGAUGCUGUUCAUAUGUUGGAAAACGCGGGAACGGAGCACAAGCCAUAUCAAUAGGUAAAAAUUGCGAUAAAUUUGGAAUUGUAGUACAUGAAUUGGGCCAUGUUGUAGGCUUUUGGCAUGAACAUACGCGACCUGAUCGAGAAGACCAUGUAGAAAUUAUUUAUAGAAAUAUUAUGCCAGGUCAAGAAUAUAAUUUUAACAAACUUACUUCCACCGAUGUCAACUCCUUGGGCGAAGAAUACGAUUACGGAAGUAUAAUGCAUUAUGCAAGAAACACAUUUGCGCGGGCGACUUUUGUGGAUACUAUUUUACCAAAACAUAAUUAUGGAAAACAGGACAUUGGUCAAAGACUAAAACUGAGUCCUGGAGACAUCAGACAAGCCAAUAGACUAUAUCGUUGUCCUACAUGUGGUCGAACUCUUCAAACUGCUUCGGGUGAAUUCUCACACAAGCCCAACCGUCAGUCCUCAACUGAAGAAAAAUGUGAAUGGCGAAUAUCUGCAACACAUGGAGAGAAAAUCGUUUUAAAUAUCACUUCUCUUGACAUUCCGGAGACCCAUGGAUGUAUUUCCGAUUACUUGGAAGUCCGUGAUGGAUACUAUGAGAAAUCUCCAUUGUUGGGUAAGUCUUUUUUUGAUUUUUCAAUGUUAUCAUCAGCUAUUUGUGGUGGCGUCAUUCAUAAAGACAAAGGAAUUCUAACCAGUCCUAAUUCUCCAGAUGAUUACCGCCCUAAUCAAGAAUGCGUGUGGAUAAUUACUGUGCCUGACGGUUAUUUAGUUGGUCUUACCUUUCAAGCAUUUGAGAUUGAAAAUCAUGACAACUGUGUAUAUGAUUAUAUUGAAAUCCUUGACGGACCCGACGAAUCCUCCCCGUUCUUGGGAAAAUUCUGUGGUUAUAAAAUGCCAGAGGAGAUCAAAUCCUCAAGCAAUCAGCUGUAUGUUAAGUUUUUCUCUGAUGGAUCAGUACAGAAAGCUGGUUUUUCUGCUACAUUCACUAGAGAAUAUGAUGAAUGUAUGACGGACUAUCACGGUUGUGAUCAUAAAUGUGUCAAUACGCUUGGUUCUUAUAGAUGUGAGUGUGAAAUUGGUUAUGAACUUCACUCUGACGGCAAGAAAUGUGAAGACGCUUGUGGAGGCUUUAUCAAUGUUGAGAAUGGUACAUUCCAAAGUCCAUCAUUUCCUGAUCUUUAUCCCACUAACAAGUAUUGUGUUUGGCAAAUUGUGGCACCAAAGCAACAUCGAAUUACUUUAAACUUCUCAUAUUUUGAUUUGGAAGGCAACAACCAAGACUGUGAGUACGACUCAUUGAAGGUAUCAAAUGGUGAAUCAUCUAAAACCAUAGGCGUAUUUUGUGGUUCAACCCUCCCAAUGCCCAUUACAUCUUCGGAUAGUAUUCUUCGUAUUGAAUUCACUUCUGAUAACUCAGUACAAAAAACAGGAUUUAACGCUACUUUCUUUACAGAUAAAGACGAGUGUGCUGUCAAAAAUGGCGGCUGCCAGCAAAUUUGCAAGAACACAAUUGGUAGCUAUGAGUGUGCUUGUCAAAAUGGAUUCACGUUGCACGAAAACAAACACGACUGUAAAGAAGAUCCGACCAGAUCCAAGCAAAACAUAAAGUCAAUAAACCUGAAAACAACGAAUAAAGCAAAAAAGAAUCGGAUGCUAGGGGACGCUACCAAUACAAUAAGCAGUGGCUGCAAACACGAAAUAAAAGCCCCAUCAGGAACCAUAAUCAGUCCCAAGUGGCCAGAAUUCUAUCCUAGCCGCAAGAAUUGUGUAUGGACAUUCACAGUCACUGAUGGACACCGAGUGAAAUUGCAGUUUGAAGAAUUUGAGCUGGAGCCACAUCAAGAAUGUACCUAUGAUCACAUUGAAAUCUUUGAUGGUGACAGUAUUAAUAGCCAGUCUUUGGGGCGUUUCUGUGGCAACAAAAUACCUCAUCCGAUUUACUCCAGUGGCAAUACAAUGCAUAUGAUCUUUUACUCCGAUGCCUCCGUCCAAAGAAAAGGCUUCAGCGCUGUACACAGCACAGUGUGUGGCGGUCAUUUAGUAGCAAAACAAGAAUCGAUGUUUAUCUAUUCCCACGCCAAAUAUGGAGACCAAAACUAUGACAACACGGCUGACUGUGAAUGGGUGAUUGAAGCAGAGAAUGAUAAAAAGAUUUAUGUUGAAUUCCAGAGCUUUGAAAUUGAAAACGAAACAGAAUGCUUGUAUGAUUUUGUGAAACUAUACGAUGGCAAAUCAGACAAUGGCGCCCUGAUAGGAACAUACUGUGGUAAUGAUAAACCACCGCCCACAAUGUCUUCCAAUCGCAUCUUAACAGUCCGGUUUUUCUCUGAUGACACUGUCAACUGGAAAGGAUUCUUUUUAACCUAUAAACUCGCUGACAGUCACAUUUCCGGCGGCGAAUCUCAAGAGUUGCCCGAAGCUGAAGAAUAAAUUACAAAUGACUGGAAGCCAAAAGAGCAUUUGAUUUGGUUUAUACUCAUGAAAAAAAAAAAAAAAAAAAA